UUCUGCUACUACUUUGGCAGAUGUGAACAGCAAAGAAAUGCAAAGUGGAAACCAGACCUCUGUGCUGCACUUCAUUUUGGUGGGCCUGCACCACCCACCGCAGCUGGGGCUACCGCUCUUCCUCGCUUUCCUUGUCAUCUACCUCCUCACCGUGUCUGGCAAUGGGCUCAUCAUCCUCACUGUCUUGGUGGAUGUCCGGCUCCACCGCCCCAUGUACUGGUUUCUAUGUCACCUCUCCUUCUUGGACAUGACCAUUUCCUCUGCUAUUGUCCCCAAGAUGCUGGCUGGCUUUCUCUUGGAUAAUAGGGCAAUCUCCUUUGGGGGCUGUGUAAUCCAACUCUUUUCUUUCCAUUUCCUGGGCUGCACUGAAUGCUUCCUUUACACACUCAUGGCUUAUGACAGGUUCCUGGCCAUUUGCAAACCUUUACACUAUGCUACCAUCAUGACCCGGAGUGUCUGCAACUACCUGGCUUUUGGCACUUGGCUGGGAGGGACCAUCCAUUCACUUUUCCAAACAAGUUUCAUAUUCCGGCUGCCCUUCUGUGGCCCAAACCGAGUUGACUAUUUCUUCUGUGACAUCCCUGCCAUGCUGCGUCUAGCCUGUGCUGACACCACCAUCAAUGAGCUGGUCACCUUUGUGGACAUUGGCUUCCUGGCCCUCACAUGCUUUAUGCUCAUUCUCACAUCCUAUGGCUACAUUGUGGCUGCCAUCCUGCGAAUCCGGUCAGCAGAUGGGCGUCGCAAUGCCUUCUCCACCUGCGCAGCCCACCUCACUGUGGUCAUUGUUUACUAUGUGCCCUGCACCUUCAUUUACCUGCGGCCUGGCUCACAGGAACCCCUGGAUGGGGUGGUAGCUGUCUUUUACACAGUCAUCACUCCCCUGCUCAACCCCAUCAUCUACACCCUCCGCAACAAAGAGAUGAAAGCAGCUUUACGGAGGCUGGGAGGCCUCAAGGAAGUGCAGCCUCACUGA